GCUCCUGCAGCCGGGGCUAUGGAUUCACACACACACCGAGGGGACAUAGCUGUUCCCUCCAUCCUCCUGCCAUCUCCUCUCAGGCACCCACACUCCACAUGCUCUCACUAGCCCGGGACCACCCGCACUGAGCGCACCAGCAUCACCAGCCUCCGACAUGGCAGUGCCACCCCAGCGGCGUGUGCGGUGCUCAGUCCCCAGCCGGGCGCAGCAGCUGGAGCUCACUGGCACUCUGUGGAGCUGAGCUGGACCAGGAGAUCCCAGGGGCUGCAGGUUCAGAGCCAGAAGAGCAAGGACAGUCACAACAAUUGGAAACAUGGCGGGUUCAUUUCAGGUGACCAGUUGGAGAAGCACAGGAAUACCUGAUGAACGGAAGAUAUAGGGAACUAUAUGGUUAAAGGAAGAGGAGGGGGAUACACUGAUAUUAGAGAACACAAGUCACAAUUUAGAUUCAACAUUUAAGUGCAAAGAACAGAGGAGCCAGAGUAGACUAAGCCAUGAAACCGAACCUAAAACAAUGGAAACAACUCAUGCUAUUUGGAAUCUGCGCUUGGGGCUUAUUGUUUCUAGUGAUCUUCAUCUACUUCACAGACAACGACUCAGUGGAACCAGUGCCAAGUGCAUUCUCAUACUUAGAAGAUAAAAAACUCCUGCCUAUACAAGGAAAGCAGAGGGCAAUCAUGGGGGCUCUUCAGGACCCAUCACUAUCCUACGCCAUUGAUGAGAACACUCUUGUUAAUGAAGACAUUUUGAAUUCAUUUAAAUCUGGCCCAGGUAGUCUGAAAACUAUCGCUGAUAUAGAAAAUUAUUUUGAAAGUGAAGAUGAGUUUAUAAUGUCGAAGAAAAAAAAAGCCCAUAAAGACUCCAACCAGGGUGCGAGAUACCGUCAAAGCUCAAACUCUCGGCACAGAAAAAUCCAAAGGAAUGUGCCGCGCAAAAAACAGCAUAUGCUUGAAGAUUCAGAAGAGUGGAAUGGCUUUUCUUCAACCAUGUCUAAAUCAUUUCUUCAAAAGCUUUGGAAAGGCAAUGUUUCAUCCAAAAUGCUGACACCCCGACUGCAGAAAGCUAGGAGAGAGUAUCUUAGAGCAAACAAGCUUGGAGUAAGCUUCUCAGGAAAGCAGAACUCAAGGAAACUGACUGCCCAAGAAUUACUCUGCAUCCUGAAAAAGCGAGCUCAUGUUAGAACGUUGGAUGGCAAAGAGGCCCCAUUUUCAAACUUAGGAUGGGAAAAAUACUUUCCCCACAUGCCACUAAAUAAACUUUAUCCUCAAGGAUUUUCUACCUGUGCUGUUGUUUCAUCUGCCGGAGCUAUAUUGAACUCAUCACUUGGAGCAGAAAUUGAUGCCCAUGAUGCUGUUCUGCGAUUUAACUCUGCGCCAACACACAACUAUGAAAAAGAUGUUGGAAACAAAACUACCAUGCGCAUUAUAAAUUCUCAGAUUCUUACUAAUCCAAGCCACCACUUUUCAGAUAGUUCUUUGUACAAAGAUGUCACUUUAGUUGCAUGGGAUCCAUCUCCAUAUUAUGCUGACCUUCAUAUGUGGUACCACAAACCAGACUACAAUCUUUUCCCACCGUAUGAACAUCAUCGGAAGAAAAAUCCCAACCAGCCUUUCUACAUUCUUCACCCAAAAUUCACGUGGGAGCUGUGGAAAAUAAUCCAAGAAAACAGCAAUGAGAAGAUCCAGCCCAAUCCACCCUCUUCAGGAUUCAUUGGUAUUCUCAUUAUGAUGUCCGUGUGUGGGCAAGUGGAUGUUUAUGAAUAUAUCCCUUCAUACCGACAGACUGAUCUGUGCCACUACCAUGAGAAAUAUUAUGAUGCAGCAUGUACACUGGGUGCAUACCAUCCCCUCCUCUACGAAAAGAUGCUUAUACAAAGGAUAAACCAAGGGACGGAAGACAAUCUUCUCCGAAAAGGAAAAGUCACUGUGCCAGGAUUCAGUUCAGUGCAUUGCCCCGUAAAAGAUCACAUUACAUAAGAAUGCACUGACUGCAUUGGGAAAUGAUGUGCAAUAAUGUGCUACUAUUGUUAGAUCAACAAUACUUGAACAAGAUAUUGUGAGACCAUUGAAUGGAAUUGGUCUUUAAACCUAAACUGGUUGGUGGGUAUAGUAAUAUAUGCCUAAGCCAAUAAGUAUUUAUUACUGCUUUGCCAGAGUAAGAUGAGCUUAGAUAUGGGUGGUGAAAGUUGCAAUUGUUUGCUUGUUUGGGGGGUAAUCAAUAUUCUUACGUGGACCAAGAGGAGCUGCUCCCAUCGAUCCAUAAUGUGCCAUAUUGUUACUGUGGAAUUACAGAUCUGUCAGCUUUCUUGUGUAUGUAUUUAGAAAUACAUCAACACAUUUUCCUAAAUGUGUGACUUUGAUGUUUUAGAGCGAGAUCGGCUUAUCGAAUAAAACAUCCAAGUGGCCGCUCGAAGCUGUAGAUUUUAUUUCAUGAGAGUAAAGAGGGUCACCUGCUGGAUGGGCAUGUGCAUAGUAUAAACCAUGUAUAGUAACCUUUAUGAAAUGAAUUAUUAGGUGUCACAGAGAAAAAUAUUACGUAAUGAAGUGUUAAUGAAGUAUGUGUCUCUUUAAAAUAUUUAACGGUUAAGACAUAUGGGAUGCAGGAAAUACUAUAUGCUUAGUUUUAGGAAGGUAGAUGUGAGCUGGUAGUUGGGUUUACGUUUCCUAGUACUGUUUAGCUUUGUUCUGGUUAUCAGAAAAUAAACCACUGAAAUAUUUAAUCCUAGUGUUAAUUUAAAGAGACAGCUUCAUGUAAUGCUAAUAAGGUGUGUCCAUACACAAAGAGAAGGCUUUUCAGGCCUCGCCUGCUUCUGAAAUGCUGUUAUUUUGCACAUGCGCUAGCUAGAAAUAUGAUUUUUUUUUCUUUGCUUAUUUGAAAGCUGUUAAACAUCUGUAUUAAUGUGUACGUCUUGUUCUGCUGCUAAACUUAACGCUCACCAUGCUGAACUAACACUGCUGGAUCAAGGUUAGGUUGCAGUCAACUCGGUCCAAGUAAAUAGCAGAUCUGCUGCUUUACAAGUAUCGCAUGAUAGAAUAUAGUGUGAUAGAUAGGAAGACUAUAGUCUUUGUAAUGGGAGACUCCAGUAUUUGUGAGACUCUUCUUUACUGUAUUUAUGUUCAUAUGACCUAAGAUAUAUAAUGGCAAAGGGUCAAAAGAUGAUCUAGGAACCAUUAAGAAGUAGUUCAAUAUAAGUUACUGCUUGGUCCACAUGGGCACAGCUUUACAUGGAGGUAUUAGUGUAUGUGACAUUCAUUUGGCGCUAAAAUAUUGUACAGUAGAAUAGAACGUAAAGUAUUACACAUGCUUCUCCUGCUAAAUGCUGGCAGUAGUACACUGUGCUCCCACAAAAUGUAUACUGUUCAUUGGCAGGCAUCGGGUUGCACUUUAUUUGGGAUUUACCAAGCACUGAUAUAGGCUAACAAUGUGAAUGGCUCUGAAGUGAGGGAUUCCUUGCACUUAUACCUGAUAAUCCUAAACACUGGUCUACAAAUGGGCAGUUCAGUGAUCACAUGACAAGUGUCCAUCAUGUGUUACCUGGAAAAGUCUCAAGUGAAAAGUAUUAAAAACACCCCAGGUAUACUAAAUAUGUUCCAGUGAAGAGGGCCACUGACGGGGGGGCUUAUGAGGUCAUAUGCUUGUACAGAAAUGUGGCUGUGACCCUGCUGAAUGGUAGGCCUAACCCUUGUUAAAGAGUCCUGUAUACAGGGGUGGCUCAAUGGGAAUUACUGUGUUUUUCAUACUCUUGUUCAUCUCAUUUAAUGAAUAGAAAACAAAUCACAUCUAAAAAUCUAUUGUAUUCUUUCAAUCUGAGUUGCAGAAUCACUUAUACAUUUUUCCUGAUCUUUUUGUAUUCUUAGUGUUUUAAAUUAGGAGCCAGACUAAUUUUUUUACUAGCUUUGAUGGUGUUUUGGUAAGAAUUUUUUUUAAACUCUCUGGCUUAUUGUCCAUCAGAUAAAAUUUUAAAUGUUUUCAAGGAGCAUCAUUUUUGAACAAUGUUUGUACACAUUUGAACACUUUUUCUAUUUUGAUUUUGUACAUUUUUAUGUAUGCACAAUGUAUAGAAUAUUUCUUGUA